GAAACGUUGUAAAAUGAACUACUGAACAUCGCGGCGUGCGUCGUGUAGCGGAAUAAUAAACGAAAAAAAAAAACUCGAAAGAAUAGGGCCGCCUGGAUGCUUGAUGGUUUCGUUGGGUUUGGGUGCCGGUGUGAAGUGAUUGAUAAAUUUGCGUGAUUGUGAUUUCUACAUUUGAAUUCCCACCUUCCUCAACUACCCUGAUCCAAAAUACAAGAACGAAAAUGGACGGGCAAAACGACGUAAAGAUGUUAAACGAUGACUCAAAUCUACAAAUUACAAUUAGACUGAUUAUGCAAGGAAAGGAAGUUGGAAGCAUUAUUGGUAAAAAAGGGGAAAUUGUAAAGAGGUUUAGAGAACAAAGUGGUGCCAAAAUAAACAUUUCAGAUGGCUCGUGCCCAGAAAGAAUUGUCACUGUUAUAGGAACAACAACUGCAAUUUAUAAAGCUUUCAACUUAAUAUGUAAGAAAUUCGAAGAGUUCCAGGAAAUCAACAGCGGCAGCGGUUCCGUACCCCGACCGCCCAUCACCCUUCGAUUGGUCGUACCGGCCAGUCAGUGCGGCUCGCUCAUCGGCAAAGCGGGAUCGAAGAUCAAGGAGAUCAGAGAAGUGACGGGCGCUUCGAUACAAGUGGCCUCCGAGAUGCUGCCGAACUCGACGGAACGGGCUGUGACUAUAUCCGGUACCGGUGAAGCGAUUACACAGUGCAUUUAUCACAUUUGUAACGUCAUGCUCGAGUCCCCUCCCAAAGGAGCUACCAUCCCUUACCGCCCCAAACCCCAAGUAGGUGGUCCCGUAAUCCUGGCCGGCGGACAGGCCUAUACCAUCCAAGGCAACUACGCCGUUCCCGCCCACACAGACGUAAGUAGUUCUUCGGUAAUGACCCCUCUAUUCGCUCCCGCCCCUCCGCCGCCGCAGCACCCCCUGUCCGUUUGCCAUCCGCUGACGGCAGCGGCAGCUCCGGCGCAGGCGCAGCUAAUCGCUGCCUUUGAGCCGCUCAAGAACGGACACUUGCAGGCCGCCCUACCGCCCGCGCAUCUCUUGCCAGAUAUUGCGAGUUUAGGCAAAAAUCCCCUCGCAGGUUUGGCUGCAUUAGGACUAGGCGGCUUAGCACCCACGGGCGCAGGAGGUCUUAAUCCAGCAGCGCUUGCAGCGUUGGCGGGAUCGCAAUUGAGAACGUCGAAUUCCAGGAACCAGCAGAACACGAACCACCAGACACACAACAUGACGGUGCCGAACGAGCUGAUCGGCUGCGUCAUCGGCAAGGGCGGCACCAAAAUAGCGGAAAUAAGACAGAUCUCCGGCGCCAUGAUACGCAUCUCGAAUUGCGACGACAGAGAGAGCGGCUCUUCGGAUCGCACCAUCACGAUAUCCGGCAAUCCGGACGCCGUCGCACUGGCGCAGUAUCUCAUCAAUAUGAGUGUCGAACUGCAGAAAGCUAACCUUGAGGCCCAAAAUUCUCCUAACACCGGCGGUACCGGCCAGUCCUCCACCACCACAACCGCUAGUGCCGCCUCCCCCCUGGCAAGCGCCAUCCCCAUUGCCCAGUUGCUGGCUAAGCCGGGGGCGCUCAAUGCGCUGAGCAGCCUCACCGCAUUGGGCGGCCUCACCGAAUUGCUCGCUGGUCAAGGGGGCGGCUCUCCCUCAAUCCAGACCACCGGCGUCCACCGUCCCCACAAGAGCUAUACGCCGCGCCUGCGCUCGCCCGGCGGCGGUAACGAGGGAUCCAAAGUCAAGAACGAGCGAAACAAAUUCAAUCCCUAUUAGGAUUAGGUUUAGAUUAUUUUAUUUUAUUUUUCUUCUUGUUCUUUAUAUUUUUUAUUUGUUUUAUUUGAGCUAAAUUAAGAGUUUACUGGACGGUUUUCCAAUCAUUUCGAGCAUUCGGAUUUUUUAUUGAAUUAUGUGGAAUAUUUUGUUGAAAUUGUUUAUGUUAUGUGAAGUAUGAACGUUGGGAAUCGUCCAGUAUUGUCAUUGAUUUUAUACACAUUAUAGUGUAUUUUCUUUAUCAAAAAAAACUAGAUUUGCCAUUUUCUGCUAAAGAGCUUUUGGGUGUUUUUAGGCCGGCUACCGGGAUAAAAAGUUUAUUUAUAGGAUUAUUAAGAACACGUAAUUAACAGUAAGAUUUUUUCUCUAAAUGUUUUAUAUCUUAAUUAGGAAUUAGGCUUUAAAUCGGCGUUAAUUGGUAAUAAUAAGUAGGGACCAAUUUUUACAUUGAAACAUUAACUAAAUUUUGGAAAAAAAUACUAAGAGUAGCGGUAAUUUGAAUGUACAAAUUAAAUGUGUUAAUCGCCUGGCAAUUAUUAUUUAUCGAGACUAUUUCUGCUUAACCCUUAAAAUUCAAACAAAUUUGUAAUCGAAUUUAUUUAAUUUUAUCAUAGAGUCAGUAUAAAGUCAAUGACUGUUGAAUUUCUUAUUUAUAUAAGAUGGAAUUAUAAUACUUAUGCCAUUUCAGGUAUAUUUUAAAAAAUAGGUUACAUGAUAAAAUAUGAUUUAUUUUUACAAACUGAAAUCGUUUACGUUGCUUUAUACAUUUUAUUCAUGUGAACGUCAUCUUUAUAUUACUCUUAAAUUACGUUUGUAUAGUUGGGCGUAAAAGAGAAUAAAAAUUUCAUUUCGCUAAUUUUCCCCCGCGACGGAUAUUUCUAUAUUUUUGUAAUGAUUGUAGAUGUAAAGCACAAAAACAUUAGGUAUAAGCUAAAACAGGGUAUUAUACAAUUUUAAGCUGCAGAGGGCGUCCGAAACUUUUAGUACGACCCCCGUAUGCGAGUAUACACCUUGGUUCAUUUCAGUUUACAAUAUGGGCAUUUCUACGAGUUGAACUAAGAAAGGUUAUUAAAACAACCGUUGUUACAGUUUUCUUUACGUGUCUAAUUGGAUGUCCUUAUCGCACCCACAGCCUAUAUAACCUACACUGCAAACUAAAAUGAAUCAACCCUGUAUAUUUGCGUACUUUUCCAACUAUACAUGUUUCUGUUAUAUAAAGAUGUCUAAUUAUUCGUUUUCGAAGUAAUACUUUUAUUUUGUAAUUUACAUGUCUUUAAUUCGAUCGUUUCUUAUUAAAGAAAAUAGCGUAUGUUAGCCAGCUUAAUGUUUCACAUAUCAGUGGCGUUUUAGAAUUGAACAGUUUUUUUUACGUGUACCUACCGAAUACGGAUAUUUGAAACUAUAAUGGACUCGUUAUGACUUUCGAACAAAAAGGUUAAUUCGUAAAUUAUUAUUAUUAUUAUUAUUACACAAUACGGCUUUAUUUUUUCCGCUUUGAGUGUCCACUGUAUUUUUUGAUUAUUUUUGCUGCAUAAACGAGAUAAUUAACCUUUUUCGUUGGAAUAUAAUUAAUGGGAUAGCUUUUAGUCCAUUCCAUAGUACGCUAAAAACGUAAUAUUUAAAAUGUAUUUAGUAGAAACUUAUUAUUUAUCAUUUAAUAUUUUUUUAUUUCGCCCUUUAUUUUGGAUUAAUAUUAGGUACUGAUGAUUUUAAACAGUUAAAUGUUUCGAAUCGUAUAUUAAAUGUAAAUUAGUCUAAUAC